UUCAGAAAGUCAAGCAGUAGCAAAACAUGUGGAGUCCAGCAUUGAUUGCUCUCAGCGGCCUGCUGCUGGUUACCAGCAGCCAGGCACGCCUUCUGCCCAUUGAGAACGAGGAGCUAUGGGCAGCGGAUAUGAUUGAGCUGCCCAUGGAGGUAGCCAACAGAGCGGCCGGUUGCUCCAUCAAGAUACGUAGCACUGAGAUGAAGAAUCCACAGCCGCUGCUUAUUAAGCCUGGCACCUCCGAAUUCUAUCCCUUCUCGGCGUCUGGCUACGUCGAUGUGGAGCACGACAAGACCAUUGAGUUCCACUGCACCAGCAGCCUGGACUCUCCCCUCUCGGGCAAAUCUGUGACGGCCAAGUGCGUGGGCGGCUCGACCUUCAAGGUAGGCGAUAAGGAACACGAUAUCUCGGCUAUCAAGUGCACUUCCUGGCCCGCCUUUGUGGGCAAGAAGUCCGGCUCAAGUUGCAACGGCGGCACCACCCUGAUCAACGUGGGCUUCGAGCUGAGCGGCUCUCGUUUCGCCAAGCAGUACGAGGUGUGCUUCAAUGAGAACGAGGAGGUCACUCGCUAUGUCUACCACACCCUGGACGCUGGCAGCAACUACUAUGCCACCGGCGUGGACCGCAUCAACUUUGCCACCGGCGGCUACUUCGAUGGCAAGAAUGUGGACAAGCUCUACACGCAAGCUGUGCAAAAGGAGACCAUUGACAAGGCCUUGGGCAUGGAUUCGGCCAAGUACUUUGACUCGCCGAAGAACGUCUUCUUGGCCCGCGGACAUAUGGGCGCCAAGGCUGACUUUGUCUAUCCACCCGAGCAGCGCGCCACCUUCCUGUUCAUCAAUGCGGCGCCUCAAUGGCAAACAUUCAAUGCGGGCAACUGGGCUCGAGUUGAAGAUGGCGUUCGUGCCUGGGCGUCGAAGUACAAGAAGCACUUGGACUGCUGGACAGGUGUUUGGGGUGUCACCACACUGCCCAACAAGGAUGGCAGGCAGACCAACCUGUACUUGGCCUACGAUCACAAUGGCAACGGCUUGAUACCCGUGCCCAAGAUCUAUUUCCGCGUGGUCAUCGAACCCAGCACCAGGAAGGGCAUUGUCCUUGUGGGCGUCAACAAUCCACACUUGAGUCUCGACGAGAUCAAGCGUGACUAUGUGCUAUGCAAUGAUGUCAGCGACAAGAUCAACUGGAUCAGCUGGAAGCGCUCAGACAUCUCGGCUGGCUACUCAUACGCCUGUGAGGUGCCCGAGUUCCGCAAGAAGGUUACCCAUUUGCCAGAGUUCUCUGUAAGCGGCCUGUUGGUUUAAGCUGUCCAGAGCUUAGCUUAGGACUGAAUAAAACAUAUAUGCGAAUAAUAA